AGCUCAGUUUCAGUUAGUAUCAUCAUAAAGUUUUGUACUGCUUUCAGGUAGUAAUGCAUCUCGGUUUGUGGAUUCAAGCUGUGCUUGCGGUAUCGGCCACCUUUUAAAAUAAACGCGACUGGAUGACCCGGACAUUUAAACGUUUUCACGAAAUCCCAUGACUGGAUCGUCUCACUCGGGACCUUUUCGUUAAGCGAUCCUGAAAACGAAUCACCUAAACUAGGAUCUUUGUAUAAAACUUUGCAUCCGAGGGUUGUGGAAGAGCCAGAGAAUGUCGUCCCCAAAGAGCACGAAAGACUGUGGAUCUUCCGAUGAGGAUUAUCGAUCUAAAAGGAACGCGAACAAUCGGCAAAUCCAAGCCCCGAGUUUACCCUUCAGCGUUGAAGCAUUGAUGGCCAACCGGAAAUCUUCGUAUGAACCCCCAUUCAAAACUGGAGAAACUCGGACGAACGGUUACAGGGCUUAUGUGUAUAACCCUGUGUCCAAUGACCCCUACAGUACUGAUAGCGGGGUCUCACAUUCACCUGUAAAGUCCGAACUGUCAGAACAGGAGCAAAACAACUUGGGGAAUUCACCUCCAAGGUAUUCGCCUCCUCCGUCAAGACAACUCAGCCCCAAUUCUUGCUCUCUAAGGAAACACAAGACCAACAGGAAGCCCAGGACACCAUUCACCACCUCUCAGCUGCUCGCCCUGGAGCGGAAAUUCCGUCAGAAGCAGUACCUUUCCAUUGCUGAAAGGGCCGAGUUCUCGAGUUCGCUCAGCCUGACAGAGACCCAAGUGAAAAUCUGGUUCCAGAAUCGGAGAGCAAAGGCAAAGAGGCUUCAGGAAGCUGAGAUGGAGAAGCUCAAAAUGUCCGCCAAGCCCAUGUUGCAGGGUGGCUUCAGCCUGCCUUUUCCUGUAGCUGCUCACUUGCAGGCCACUUCCCUGUAUGGACAGUCCUAUCCUUUUCACAGACCAGUACUGCCCAUGUCACCAGUUGGACUUUAUGCAGCCCCUAUGGGGUACAGCAUGUAUCACUUAUCAUAAGGUGAGACCUCUCUGUCUUCUGCUUGGAGUAAGUUUGUCAAUUCCUCUGAGAAAGAACACGGGAACUAUCUGGAUGCAGUCCUCAGCGUUCAGAAGUAACUUCUCUAUGACUGCAGACCUGGAGAUCUCUGAUUUUCAAACAAAGGAGACAUGGUGCUCACAAGAAUGACUGGAAGGAGGCAACUGCAGUUGUCUGGCACUUUAUGAUGAGACUGCUGGCAAACUGGUAAAAGUCCAUCAGCUUUGCCUUAUGUGAACUCUUGCUAGAUUUUGCACAAUAUUUCAGGGCUCUUACUGGUGGAAGGCUGUAUAACUAGUUAGUUUAUCAGUUUUUUUUUGUGAUCUUUGAUGGUCAGACCAGUGUGAAGGCCCGAGUGGAGAAGAUUGUCUGUAACAUGCACCUCAUGUUUUGAUAUAAGUGGCUGCGGGGCACCGAAUGGCCACCCUGAAAACCUACAGACUGCAGAGAGAAGAAGUGUGAUGAAAGCAUUGGACCAUCGUGUAUUGUUUAUAAGUUGAAAAAUAUAUGUUUUAAUGCAAAUCUUGUACUAUGUUUGACAUGGAAUGCCAAUGUCCAGUUUCAUAAAUAUUGUCCUUUUUAUAAUUCAUUUGAUAUGAAAAUUAAAAAUAUCUCUUACUUUA